AUGUUGACAAAUGAAAUAAUUAAUUACACGUUAAAAAUACUUUUUAAACAUCCUCGUCCUCAUUUAUCACAAAAUGUGAACAAAGGUUUUCCAUCUUCUCAUGCACAAUUUUGGUGUUGUUUUAUUGUACUUUUUUAUUAUUAUAUAAAUCAACAACCAAAACUUACUUCUAUCUCAAAAAAAAUUAUUGUUUAUUGUUCUACUUUAUUAAUUCUUCUUGUUGAUUUCUCUCGUUGGUAUUUAAAUGAUCAUUUUGUUUAUCAAAUUGUUGCUGGUAAUGUUAUUGGAAUUUGUGUAGGUUAUCUUGGUAUUAUUUAUUAUCCUACAUUUUUCCCUCUUCUCUCUCAAUUUAAACUCUUUAUAAAACAAAAAUUAACCAAUUUCAAUUUGAUAACUUCUAAUCAGAAAGCUUAA